AUGGCUGGCGAUAGCGAAUCCUCGUUUUAUCUUUACGGUGUUGGUGAAAAACCAGAAGCACUAACUCUUGGAUCAUUGGUCCUCGAAAAGUACUGGCAACCGUUGAUUGCACGACACUAUACUCAUGGAAUGCUUAGUCCGGAAGAUUUGCAAAGCCAUGCCUAUGUUAGCCAUCUCAACGACGUGACGCUGCAUGGAAAGUCACACCAUGCCCCCUCUGUCAGUAUCAGUGGGGUGAACAUUGUAGACCUCAAGCUUACCAGGGAAAAGAAUAUCGAACGAAUGGUGACGGCAAAAAAAGGUGUACGAAUGAUCCUCAAAGACCCUGAAGCAUUUCUGACAAAUUCUGUUCUCACCAACUCUACGGCACAACAAAAGCUAAAAUUAUGGCUUUCUGCCUCUCGAAGCGAUUAUAUCAUGCGCGCAAAGUUUGCUCGCCGUCCUAAGAUCUGGCUCCUCACCGGAUUAUACAUGCUGGAGGGCACCCGCAGCAUGUCCUCCCGCAGUCAAUCCGUCGAAGUCUCCACAGAGGUCUCGGGCGCGCUGGUAGGCGCUCUGUCCAGUGUCCCUGUUGGUGGAUCAAUAGGUGUCGGCAAUGGCAAGGAGUGGCAGGUGGGCAGUGAAUCGGUCGAGCAGCAUGUCUGGGCUGUUCAGUAUCACUUACUCGAUGCUCAUUUCAUUAAAUUGGGUAAAGAGGGGCUGGAGGGAUUGAGUCAGCCGCUUUCCAUGGGCUUGCAUAGAGAUAUAUUAUCUAUUAACACCCUCCGAGGGGGAGGAAGGGAUGGAGUGGAACUGGAAUUGAAGAGCUUGAAAGCGGCUCGUGAAAAGCCGAACGAAUUCGAGGUUGAUGGUCACGAAAGUGAUUCAACAGAGGAGUAUGAGAAACGACUCGAGGAGGCAAUCGCUAUAUUCGAGAAAGCUCCAAAGCAUUUCCUCAGUUGA